AUGUUUCAUUGUCGUCGGCUUAACCAACAAUCAACUCAACUAGUCAUCACAUCAAAACGUAAUGUUCGAAUACCAUUUUGGGAAUUUUUGAAAUCAUCAUUUCAAGCACGUUCGAACCCUGAAGCUAGUAUUCAUCGAAAACGCAUUGGUGGCUUUCAACCAGUAAAAACAGAAUUACAACCGAAUAAAACCUAUCUGUGGUGUUCAUGUGGUUACGCACAGCGACAGGCGUUUUGUGACAAAUCGUGUGGGCAUUUGAAAGGCGACUUUCAACCAAUGAGAUUCACGUCGUCGACGUUUCAAAUGGCAGAUUUGUGUAUGUGUAAAAUGACGCAGAAGGCGCCGUAUUGCGAUCAAUCGUGUCGCACACGUUUUUCUGGCAUGCAAAUGAACAUGGGCAAUGCUGUUACGGGAACUUAUUCGAAUAUGAAAGACUUUCUGAAUACGAUACCGAAAGGUGUUGAAAGUUUUCGUCAGUUUGCUGCUGAGCGGCAAGCAAAUCUUGAAGAAACUGAACGUUUGAAAAAGAAAGUCGAUGAAUUGAAGAAGAAAAAGUUUUCCGAAGGGAAAUAA